CGGAAGUGCGUGUGCUGUGGGGCCAAGAUGGCGGCAGAGAUGGAGGCGAAGGGGUUCGAGCACAUGGGGCUGGACGGGCGGCUGCUGAGGGCCGUGGCGGAGCUGGGCUGGGCAGUGCCCACGGCCAUCCAGGCCCGCGCCAUCCCGCUGGCCAUGGAGGGCCGGGAUCUGCUGGCCCGGGCCAGGACGGGCUCGGGGAAAACGGGAGCGUACGGACUGCCCGUGCUGCACAAACUGCUGCGCGUCAAGGAGGCGUCCCCAGCCGUGCCCCAGGCCGUGCGGGCGCUGGUGCUGGUGCCCUCGGCGGAGCUGGCACGGCAGGUCGGGCACACCCUGCGCCGCCUGGCCGCCUUCUGCGGCCGCCAGCUGCGCGUGGCCGAGCUCUGCGGCCACUCGGACCUCGCUGAGCAGCGGCCGGUGCUGAUGGAGCAGCCGGACAUCGUGGUGGGCACUCCCGGCCGUGUCCUGGCACACGUGGCCGGGCACAGCCUGGCACUGCGGCCCUGGCUGGAGCUGCUCGUGCUGGACGAGGCCGAUCUGCUGCUGUCCUUCGGCUUCGGGGACGACAUCCGCGCCCUGCUCUGCCACAUGCCCAAGAUCUACCAGGCCCUGCUGGUGUCGGCCACCCUGAACCCCGAGCUGGAGGCGCUGCAGGAGCUGGUGCUGCACAACCCCGUCCACGUCCUGCCCCCCGAGCCCCGUUUGCCCGGCAGUGCCCAGCUGCAGCAGUUCCAGCUGCGCUGUGCCACGGAGGAGGACAAGUUCCUGCUGCUGGCGGCGCUGCUGAAGCUGCGGCUGCUGCGGGGCCGGGCGCUGCUCUUCGUGGGCAGCCUGCCCCGCGCCUUUAGGGUCAAACUCUUCCUGGAGCAGUUUGGGAUCGCCGCCUGUGCCCUCAACCCACAGCUGCCCGCCCGCUCCCGGUGCCACGUCAUUGCCCAGUUUAACCGGGGGCUCUACGAUUACAUCGUGGCCACCGACGAGGAGGGGCCGGCGGAGCCCCCCCGGCACCGCCCGCGCAGAGGGGACACGGCCAGGAAAGGUGACAAGAAGGGUGACAAGAAGGGACAGCCCCCGCAGUGUCCCCAGGACCCCGAGUUCGGGGUCUCCCGUGGCAUCGAUUUCCAGAACGUCGCCGCCGUCAUCAACUUCGAUGUCCCCAGCUCGGUGGAGACCUACAUCCACCGCGUGGGCAGGACAGCCCGUGGGGACAGCCCUGGCACGGCGCUGACGCUGGCACUGCCCGACGAGCUCGAGGGGCUGCGGCGCAUCGAGGACACGCUGGCAGCAGAGAACGGGCAGUCCAUGCUGCAGCCCUACGAGUUCCGCAUGGAGGAGAUCGAGACGCUGCGGUACCGCUGCAGGGAUGCCAUGCGCACUGUCACCAAGCAGGCCAGACGCCAUGCGCGCUUGAUUAAUGAAGGGGUAAUUAAUGAAUUGCAGGUGUAUUUCGAGGACAAUCCCCGGGACCUGCAGGCGCUGAGGCACGACCGGCCCCUGCACCCGGCCAGCGUGCAGCCCCACCUGGGCCACGUGCCCGAGUACCUGGUGCCCCCCAGCCUCCGCAGCAUCGCCGACCCCAACCCCAAAAAGAGGAAAUGUCCCCGAGGGGCCGGAGCCCGGCGCCGGGGGAAGAAGCCCCGCGGCUCCGGGAAUCCCCUGCAGAGCUUCAGGUUCGCCCGGCGAGGGAGCAAACGGGGGGCAGGGGGCACCCCCUGUGAGCCUGGCACCCCUGGGGGCACCUGGGGGCACCCCUGGGCACCCCCUGAGAGCCUGGGGGCACCCCCUGUGCCAGCCUGGGGACCCUGGUGUCACCUUCUGAGCCCCUGUGCCAGCCUGGGGUCACCACGGUGGUAGGUGACAAAUAAAGGUGCCAAGGAGCCGCUCUGCUGUCC